AUGUAUGCAACAAAGCUCAUGCCCACCACCGUGCCCAUGUACAAGUACUACGGCGAUUAUGACUACUCCUUGUCAAUGAACAACAAGGGCAUACAAAUGGUAUACAUGAAGAUUUUGGAUGUUUUGACGGCCAUUGAUUUGUCCACAAACCAAUUUGAAGGAGAGAUUCCUGAAACCAUCGGGAAUCUCAUAGGACUUCACGCUGACAAUAUGCUCACAGGUCAAAUCCCAUCUUCGUUGGGGAACAUCGAAGCACUCGAAUCGCUGGAUCUGUCUCAGAACAAGCUGACAGGGCAAGUCCCGCAGCAGCUGACUCGGCUCAAUUUCCUCGCCCUGUUUAACAUGUCUCAUAACUUGCUUUCAGGACCCAUACCAAAGGGAGGGCAAUUCGAUACGUUCCUCAAUACUUCAUAUCUGGAGAAUGCGGGACUUUGUGGGAGUCCAUUAUCAAAGGAAUGCGGAGAUUCGGCCUCAUCGCCACCAAGUAAAGAAGGUGCAGAUUCAAGGUUUUUUCCUGGUCUUAGUUGGCAAGUAGUUGUCAUAGGAUAUGGAGCUGGCCUAUUCGUUGGACUAGUUAUUGGCCUCGCCUUUGACAGACGAAACCUGAGAAAGUCCCCAGAGACCAUGCCCAGGACCCUAGUGCUGGUGCCUGGGUCCCCGAUGGCCAAGCCCAAGUCCAUAGAUACUAGGCCCAACCCUCUUGAGAUUGGACCCAAGACUCUAGUGCCUAUGCCCGAGUCCCUAAUACUGGUGCCCAGAUGCUUGGCUCAAGCGCCCAAGUCACUAACAUAUGUGCUUAGAUCCAUCAAGGUCAAUCUUGGGUCCUCAGCACCCGCACUCAGGUUCUUAGUGGUUGGACCUAAGAAUCCCUGCUCUUAUGAUUGA